UGUCUCCUCCAAACCGGCCUCACCAGGGCAACGGUUCCUGAGCUACAGACUCCACUGACUCAUGGCAGCCUCGCAGCAAACAGCGGUGGGGCCUUUGGUGGGAGCGGUGGUUCAGGGCACCAACUCCACUCGCUUUCUAGUUUUUGAUUCUAAAACAGCCGAACUACUUAGCCAUCAUCACGUGGAACUGACUCAAGAGUUUCCAAAAGAGGGAUGGGUGGAGCAAGACCCCAAGGAAAUCCUUCAGUCUGUCUAUGAAUGCAUAGCGAGAACGUGCGAGAAACUUGCUAGUGUGAACAUUGAUAUUUCCAACAUUAAAAGUGUCGGCGUGAGCAACCAGCGAGAAACCACGGUGGUCUGGGACAAGUUCACGGGAGACCCGCUCUACAAUGCUGUGGUUUGGCUUGAUCUCAGAACCCAGACUACUGUGGAGUCUCUCAGUAAGAAAAUCCCAGGAAACAGCAACUUCGUCAAGUCUAAGACAGGCCUUCCACUGAGCACUUACUUCAGCGCCGUGAAACUGCGGUGGAUGCUGGAUAACCUAAGACCCAUUCAAAAGGCUGUGGAGGAAGGCAGAGCCCUGUUCGGAACAAUCGACUCCUGGCUCAUCUGGAAUAUGACGGGAGGAGUCAAUGGAGGCAUCCAUUGCACAGAUGUCACAAAUGCUAGCAGAACGAUGCUUUUCAACAUCCACUCUUUGGAAUGGGAUAAGGAACUCUGCGACUUUUUUGAAAUUCCCAUGAACAUUCUCCCAAAUACAUGCAGUUCUUCUGAGAUCUAUGGUCUGAUGACAUCAGGGGCCUUGGAAGGUGUGCCAAUAUCUGGAUGUUUGGGGGACCAAAAUGCGGCGUUGGUAGGGCAAAUGUGCUUCCAAGAAGGUCAAGCCAAAAACACCUAUGGAACAGGAUGUUUCUUACUAUGUAAUACAGGCCAUAAACGUGUGUUUUCUGAACAUGGCCUUCUCACCACUGUAGCUUACAAACUAGGCAAAAAAAAGCCAGCAAUUUAUGCAUUAGAAGGUUCUGUCGCAAUAGCUGGUGCUGUUAUUCGCUGGCUAAGAGACAAUUUUGAAAUUAUAACGACCUCAGAAGAAAUUGAAAAACUUGCAAAAGAGGUGGGAUCUUCUUAUGGAUGCUACUUCGUCCCAGCCUUUUCCGGGUUAUAUGCACCUUACUGGGAACCCAGUGCAAGAGGGAUCAUCUGUGGUCUCACUCAGUAUACCAAUAAAUGCCAUAUUGCCUUUGCUGCAUUGGAAGCGGUUUGUUUCCAAACCCGAGAGAUUGUGGAUGCCAUGAACCGUGACUGCGGAAUUCCACUCAGUCACUUGCAGGUAGAUGGAGGAAUGACCAACAACAAAAUCCUUAUGCAGCUCCAGGCAGACAUUCUGCACAUUCCUGUAAUUAAGUCCUUUAUGCCUGAAACGACUGCCCUGGGAGUAGCUAUGGCAGCUGGAGCUGCAGAAGGGGUAGACGUUUGGAGUCUUGAACCGGAGGAUAUGUCGACAGUCUUGAUGGAACAGUAUGAACCCCAAAUCCAAGCCACAGAGAGUGAAAUUCGUUAUGCAACAUGGAAGAGAGCGGUGAUGAAGUCAAUGGGUUGGGUUACCCCCAGCGCUCCCGAGAAUGGCGACAAUGCUGUCUUUUCCUGUCUGCCCUUGGGUUUUUUCAUAGUGAGCAGCAUGACAUUAUUAAUCGGAGCAAGAUAUGUCGCAACUUUACAAGAGUAAUUUCAACCACAGAUUCUUAAGAAGUGACAGCUUUUUAUAGAAUGAAUUUUGCCUUUUAAUGUGAGGUCAAGGUCACUAUCAUAGGUUUAUUUUUUAUUUAUAAGCCACUUGCUACAGAAUUGAUGAGGCCCCUACAAAUAUGCCUUAAAAUAAAGGCUUUAAAUAAAGAGAUCACAUUAUAAAAACAA